UAUUGUUAUAGGUUUUUAAAACAAAAAAUGAGGUAAAAAAUGGAGUUUCCGAACACUCCUGAAGAUAAUACUUCUGUAAUUAAAAUUGUUAAUGAAUUAAACAGUUAUUUAAAUUGGCCAUCUCAACAAACAGCACGUCAACGAUUAGAUCUAACAUUUGGUUUAAACUCAUUUGAUUCAUCUUCGGGUUUUUUUAAAAUUGAAACUCCUAAUCAAAAAGCCUCUGAUCAUUCGUUUAAAAAAAGACUUUCCAGUUCUGUAUCAUAUGACGAAAAAAUUGAACAAGUAACAACAAAAGCAAAAUUAAGUAAAUUAGAAAGUGAUUUUGUUUCUUUGAAAAGCAAGUCCGUUGAAAAAGAUAUUGAAAUUGAAAAACAACAUAAAUUAAAUUUACUAAAGAGUUUAAAAGAAAAAUCCAUUUAUGAGGAUGUGCAAAGAAAGUUUCAAACUGUUGUUGAUCAAAAUGAAGCAGCAUCAAUAGAAUUAAUCGAUACUAAGAAAAAACUUCAAGAAGUUAAACAGCAUCAUGAAAAUGAAGAGAAAAAAUGGAACAUUGAAUGUCGAAAAUUAAAAUCACAAUUGUUUGAGAUGGAGGAAAAUCAUCAUGCUGAACUUUCAUCUCAAAGGGAAAAGUUUACACGGCAAAGUACAGAAGUUGUAAUCCUUCGAAAUAAACUUGAGGAAUUAACUUCACAACUUUCAAAUUACAAAAGCCGUUAUGAAGAAGCAAGUAAAAUAAUAAUUGACUAUGAAGACUUGAAGCUAAAAUGUUUAAAAGCUGAACAGAGAGCUGCUGUAUUAGAGGAAGAUUUUUCACGCUUAAAUGAAAGUUCAUUUAUCACAAAAAUUAAUCAAGCUGAACUGGCAAAGCUUCGCAUCCUUCAAAGAGAAAAUAAAAUUCUUAAGGAAGAUAACCAAUUGUAUAGAGAGUCAUCAGAAAAAAUAUUGAUUCUUCAAGAAACCAAUAAAGAUCUCACUGAAAAACUAUUAAAAGCAGAUGAAACUAUUGAGAGAAUUCGAAAUUUUGAAUUUGAAAAUGAAAGGUUGAAAGAGUUGCUAUCGCAGUUUGAAGUUGCAGAUACAGUAAGCGGUGAAUCAAAAAUCAGAACUCCGUUUGAAAUGAAAAGGAUAAUAAGUGAACUUCAACAGGCAAAACUUCUUAUGGUUAAAGAGCACACAGAAUUGAAAUCAAAUAUUUUGCUGACCCAGUCUUCUUUGAAACAGUGCAAUGAAGAAUAUGCUUGUCUACAAGAUCUUAAUAAAGAAUUAAAAAAUGCUAAUGAACAGUUGGAAGAAGCUAAUAAAAAACUUGAGAGGAAACUUGCCUUAGUGUCAACGGAACGAGAAGGUCUAAGAAGAAUAUUAUCAAGUUAUGAAAAUUCACCUUCUAAGAGUCAAGAAGAUCAAGCUGUCAAAAUGGAAGAGGCACAUUCUCAAAUAACAGAAUUAUCCAAUGUUGUUGCAAAGCUAGAGAAGGAGAUUUCUAAAUACAAGGAAGAUAAAAAAGAUGUUGAAAUAUACAAACAAGAGUUAGAAAGGCUUCAAACAGCUUUUGAUAUUUUAAAAAACGAAAAAAAUUUCUUAGAACUCAGAAUACAGAAAAAAGAGAUUCAGGGAGAUUAUGAUCCAUCAAAAAUAAAAGUUAUAUGCUUGAGUAAUAAUCCUCUGAGCGCAGCUCGUGAGAGGUAUCAUCAAGAACUGCAAAUGAUUGUUUCAGAAAAUCAUUCUUUACGUAAGAAGGUUAUACAGUUAAAACAGAGGAAACAGGAAGAGCAAGAUGAUUCAAUGAAUGUUUCUGGAUUGAUAAAGUCUUCAAAGCACAUGCAAGAGACGAAGUUUCAAUUAGAAAGUGAAAAAAUGAAAAAUCAAAGACUAAUGGAGCAAUUUAAAGCUAAAACUAAAGAGUUUCGAGAAGCAGUUUACAAUAUAUUUGGUUAUCAUUUAAAAGACAAUGGAAACGGAACUUUUAAAGUGACAAGCGUGUAUGCUGAGAACAUUGAUGAUUUUUUUAUUUUUUGUGACAACGGGAAGUCUAUGGGCGUCACUCAAUAUACAGAACAAUGGCAACAAGCAAUCAAAGACUAUCUAGAAAAUGGCGACUCUAUUCCAGCUUUUGUAGCAAGCGUAACGCUUGAACUCUUUAAUCGCCAAAUGCAAACUAGAAAUUUAUCUGUUACAAAUUCGAGUCGUUUUAAUGCUUAAUUUUAACUAGCUUUACAGCCUCAUCUUGCUUUAUAGCGAUUUGUAAGUUUGAAGAGAAAUUACGUGAUAAUGAUUGAAGAUAUUACGAGAUGAUGAUUGAAGAUAUUUUCUGAUAUCAGUAGAACUACUUAAAUAUAUUUAAAAAUAAAUUGUUUAUAAACAAAGUAAAUAUUGAUGUUCACAAUAAAUUGUUUUAUAA